UACCUCAUGGUCCUUUUUAUCCUCUCUGAUAGGUUGGUACCGGGUCUAGACAGCAAGCUGCCUCUGUGGUUGGAGUAGCCAAAUCAAAAGCUUCAUGGGGAUUGGCUCUUGCUGCUGGAAGUUUACUUCCUGUUUACAUCCUGCUUGAGGAAUUAUUGACGGACUGUCCUGAGUGUUAAAUCAGCCUGCACACACACACACACACACACAAACACACAGACACACCGACACAUCCACAUCCACAGUUUUGGCAGGAUAAUAACCUCCUGAUUGCCACCCUGUAAUCACAUCUGCACUCCGGCAAACACACAUCUGUUCUGCAAUACACACACCAAGCCGGGCGCUCAUCUGCCGUAUCGCGUGGACACGCACCUGACCCACCCAUCAGUGAUGACAUCACACAGCCACCAAGAGGGGAUCCUGGGAAAGGAGCAGCCGCUGGAGCUUCUGAAGACAUCAGCCCUCAACCACAUCCCAACAGUGGACAUCAACUCGGCGCUGCCCCUGCGUCUCCCUCCAGCCGCCAUCCCCAUGGACCUGCGCGUGGACCAUCACCAGCAACAGCAGCAGCAGGUGUCCUCGCUCUCCCCGUCCGGUCAGCAGUCGUCCGGCCUGGCGGGCGCCGGCGGCGGCGGCGUGGUGGGCGCCUCGGUGCGCGAGCAGCAGCUGCAGCAGGAGCUGCUGACCCUGAAGCAGAAGCAGCAGAUCCAGCGACAGAUCCUCAUCGCUGAGUUCCAGCGGCAGCACGAGCAGCUGUCCCGCCAGCACGAGGCCCAGCUCCAGGAACACAUUAAGCAGCAGCAGGAGCUUCUGGCGUUGAAGCACCAGCAGGAGCUGCUGGAGCACCAGAGGAAGAUGGAGAACCACCGUCUGGAGCAGGAGCUGGAGAAACAGCAAAGGGAGCAGAAACUGCUGCUGCUGAAGAACAAGGAGAGGGGACAGGAGAGUGCAGUGGCGAGUACUGAGGUGAAGAUGCGGCUCCAGGAGUUUGUACUGAACAAGAAGAAGGCCCUGGCCCAGCGGAGCCUCAACCAAGGAGGCCUCCACAAUGACGCUCCCUACUGGUACCGAAAAACCCAGCACAGCUCCCUGGACCAGAGCUCACCUCCACAGACUGGUGUGUCCACCUACAACCACCCUGUGCUGGGUGUAUACAACCCCCGGGAUGACUUCCCACUGCGAAAGACUGCCUCGGAGCCCAACCUGAAGCUGCGCUCCAGGCUGAAGCAGAAAGUGAGCGAGCGGAGGAGCAGUCCGCUGCUGCGUCGUCGAGACAGCCCCAUCACCACGGCCAAGAAACGCUCGCUCGACAUGGCAGACUCUGCGUGUAGCAGUGCCCCCGGCUCAGGCCCAAGCUCCCCGAAUAACAGCUCCAACAACAUCCCCAAUGAGAACGGCAUCACUGUGUCAGUCUCCAACAAUAUGGAGACGUCUCUGGCCCAGAGGCUGUGCGGUGGUGCUGAGCGUGGCUCCAUUAACCAGCUGUCCCUCUACACUUCACCAUCUUUACCCAACAUCACCCUGGGGCUGCCCGCCACUGCCACGUCCACUGCUGCUUCCAAUGUGACAUCGGCCCAGCAGGAUGGAGGUCUGCAGCCGGCCCUCUCCCUCAGCCCUCCCUUCCUGUCCGGCGGCCACUUGACCCCCUACCUGGCUGAGGCCGGAGCGGGAACAGGCGGGCACGGCGCGCACAGUCCACUGCUUCAACACAUGGUGCUCAUGGACCAGAGCCCGGCACAGAGCCCCCUGGUGACAGGUGUGAGCGGCCUGUCUAUGUCGCCAGCAGCAUCCAUGGCCAAGCUGCAGCGGCAGCACCGACCACUGGGGCGGACCCAGUCGGCCCCUCUGCCCCAAGGGAGCGCCGCUCAGGCUCACGCCCAAGCCCUGGCCCUGCAGCAGCUGGUGGUGCAACAGCAGCACCAGCAGUUCCUGGAGAAGCACAAGCAGCAGUUUCAGCAGCAGCAGCUCCACCUCAACAAGAUGAUGACCAAGCCCAGCGAGUCACCCGUGGGCCGUCAGCACCAGAGCCACCCGGAGGAGACGGAGGAGGAGCUGAGGGAGCACCAGGAUGGCGGAGCUCUGCCGCCGGGGGUUACCAUCAAGCAGGAGCCCCCCGACCCGCAGGAGCUGCAGGAGGAGGCGCUGCAGCAGCACAUGGAGCGGGAUAGGCAGGUGGAGCAGGAGCUGCUCUUCAGACAGCAGGCCCUGUUGUUGGAGCAGCAGCGGAUUCAUCAGCUGAGAAACUAUCAGGCCUCCAUGGAGGCUGCCGGCCUGCCGAUCUCCUUCCCAGGACACCGGCCCCUGUCCAGGGCCCAGUCGUCUCCAGCCUCAGCCUCCUCCUUCCCGAUCAGCGUCCCGGCCCCCGAUCCUGCCGUCAAACCCCGCUUCACCACAGGCCUGGUGUACGACUCUCUGAUGCAGAAGCACCAGUGUAUGUGUGGAAACACCAACAGUCACCCGGAGCACGCUGGCCGGAUUCAAAGCAUUUGGUCUCGGCUGCAGGAGACCGGACUCCGAGCGCAGUGUGAGUGUAUUCGUGGGAGGAAGGCCACUCUGGAAGAGCUUCAGACGGUUCACUCUGAAGCCCACGUCCUGCUGUACGGAACCAACCCUCUCCGACAGAAACUUGAUUGUUCAGUCACUCCCAUGUUCGUACGGCUACCGUGCGGAGGGUUGGGGGUGGACAGUGACACCAUCUGGAACGAGGUCCACUCCUCCAGUGCGGCUCGCCUCGCUGUCGGCUCCGUGGUGGAGCUGGUUUUCAAAGUGGCUACCGGAGAGCUGAAGAAUGGUUUCGCUGUGGUCCGCCCUCCUGGACACCACGCAGAGGAAAGCACUCCCAUGGGUUUCUGCUACUUCAACUCCGUGGCCAUCGCAGCCAAACUGCUGCAGCAGAGACUCAACGUCAGCAAGAUCCUCAUCGUGGACUGGGACGUUCACCAUGGCAACGGCACACAGCAAGCGUUCUAUGAUGACCCCAAUGUCCUUUACCUGUCUAUUCAUCGCUACGACGACGGCAACUUCUUCCCUGGAAGUGGAGCACCUGAAGAGGUGGGCAGCGGGCCCGGGGUCGGGUUCAACGUCAACGUCGCUUUCACUGGAGGCCUGGAUCCACCCAUGGGAGAUGUAGAGUACCUGGCUGCCUUCAGGUCAGUGGUGAUGCCCAUAGCCAAUGAGUUUGCCCCGGACAUCGUGCUGGUCUCCUCUGGCUUCGACGCCGUGGAGGGACACCCUCCACCACUGGGCGGCUACACUUUGACGUCCAAAUGUUUUGGUUAUCUGACCAGGCAGCUGAUGACCCUGGCUGGAGGCCGGGUGGUCCUGGCUCUGGAGGGGGGUCACGACCUCACCGCCAUCUGCGACGCCUCGGAGGCCUGCGUGGCCGCCCUGCUAGGCCAAGAGCUGGAUCCGCUGCCAAAGGCCAUCCUGGAGCAGAGGCCCAACGCCAACGCUGUUCGCUCUCUGGAGAAAGUCUUAGAGACUCAUAGCAAGUACUGGUGCUCGGUGCAUCGCUACUCACCGCUGCUGGGACUUUCCCUGCUGGAGGCCAAACGAGGAGACUCGGAAGAGGCUGAAGCUGUCAGUGCCAUGGCCUCUCUGUCCGUGGCCAACACCAACGCCAUGGAUCAGAGCAGGACAGAGGAGGAACCCAUGGAAGAGGAGGAACCACUGUAACGGAGGCAAACGUGAGGGUGUCACGCUGUUGAUCAUUGACCUCUCCGGAGAAGAGUCUCGACUGAUCCCUUCUUUUAGUCCCCCUAACCCCACUCACCGCGUCAGUCACCUUGAUUGGCAGCCCCUUGGUCAAAACGAGGGAGAGGGGGUGGGCUCAGCCUCAGUGUAGGGAGCCAAUCAGGAGACAGAGGACUGAAAUGGGGGAAAAUAAUUAAACAUAACAGCGCUGCUUGGCGGCACUCGCUCAGAGACACUCAUUUUUUUUCUUUCAGUCGUCACGCACCCCGACUUUAGCCCACAGCGGCUAACCAAGUGACCACGGCAGCGGGGAGAGGGCGAGUGUAUGUGGAGAUGGGGGGGGCGUGAUCAGGUCUCGUCAUAGAAAGGUGUGAUGAACUGGGGAAACAUACGGUGCUUUACACAGCUGACCAAAAGAACACCAGGGACAGCAGACCUUCCUGGCUGUUUAAACACAGCUCAGGAGUUUUCCUUUCCUCCUUUUUCUCAACUAUUUUUCCCGACAAAAACAAAAGGGGCAUCGUGGCAACUGAAAUAAUGUGUCACAAGAUGCGUUCACUGUGGACUUUGGUUGGCCGAAGUUUGAGUAGGCUCUUACAAAGAUUUGAUAACGAGACUGUGGCCUCGCCGGACCAGCCUGUCGUUGAAGGUUGACGAGUGAGGGGAGUGCCUUGGUGAGGGUCCGCUGGAUUUCAGGAUUGUUCAGGAAAAGAUUGCCUUAAGAUUUCUUUUCUCGCCAAGGAAUCGGUGCGAGGGAAGGAGACGGGAGAGUUUCCGGUCCUAUUUAAUGGGGCGAGAACGACAAAAAUAAAAGCAAACAAUCUUUCAGCAUGUUUACUUGGAACGUGAUGAAGACACCAUUUACGUCUCUCACAGCCUCUCUUAAAGAGUUACUUUACUUUUUGGAUGGAUCUAUUUUUGUGUAUAAAAGGAAAAAGCGCUUUGUUAAGGUAGUUGCCAGCUUCAGUAGAAAACCAUGCAAACAUGGACACCUUCAAACAAGUAAAUUAGAUUGAAAACUGUCAAAAAAUCAAAAAAUAAAAAGGUUUAGCCUAUGAUGUAGCUUCCCUUUAACUGAAGUCAAUGCUUUGGAAACACAUAAAGCAUGCAUUUGAGCAGAGAGAUCAGACAUUUUUGCAAGAUCUUUUGAAUGUUAUCCAAAAAGAGAAAGCCAAGCAAGAAAAGCCAAAGCAUGAGUUUGCAUAUACAGUAGUACUUUCACUCCACUUAGCUGGCAAGUCGACAAACAUUUCCCGCAUUGGUCCUUUCAGAUAAGGCUCCCAAGUACACAGUAUAAUGUUUACUAAUUUAUUCUUCACACAUCAAGUGAGCAUCUCUUUCCACGUGCCGAUCGGCCUCCCAUGUUCUGCCGGUUGGCAACUACCUUGGUUGCUAGUGUGAGCUCAACAUUAGUCUUGUACAUUGAAUUGAAUACAUUUUUGAGAGGCAGUCAUCGGGGAUUGCCCGUUUGUAUCUACGCGUUUGAUUCCCACAUCAAGUUGUCAAUUUACAAUAUCAAAUAUGUGUUUGGUAAACGUGUCUACUUUUUUUUUUUUUAUUGCGUAAGAUUAUUUUUCUAACUUUUUUCAUUCAUAGAUUUUGUUCCGUGUUUUUAUCCGUUUUCUGGAUAGUUAUAGGGCUGCCAUUCACAUAUACAGUGUCACUUCUUCAACUCUUUAUUUUUGUCGUAUUUAUCAAACAUAAGGAGCAACACUUUCUUUCUUUCUUUCUUUCUUUCUACGGCGCUCUUGGCCUUUCUGCAUUUUCAUCAAUUGUGUAUUUUUAACAUGUACUGUUUAUAGGAGAUUUGUAUAUGGAAAAUGUAUAAAUGUACUCUAACUAAUGACAGCUAUGAUAUUGUGAGCGAAAAAUCAGUACGGCGUAUGACAUCACUGCGUACACUUUGAGAAAAAGCGGCAUAUUUAACUCAUCAUCGACUGCACUGUUUUCAAGUUGCCCCUUAAGGGAAACGUGCUCCACACCGCAGCACUGCAACAAACACCUUCAGAGUAAAACGUUUAAUCACUUUGUUGCCUAAUUGAUACAUUUCCCUCCUGUGCAUGGGUGAUAAUGCACUUACCCUUCGACUGUGACAACAUCACGCAUCCAGAAAGACGUUGAGAGGCUGUUUUAUGUAGCUAGAUGGGUUCUGCUUGACGGGUAAAGGAAAGGAGGGGACACGGAAAGGGGAAGAAGUGGGAUUUUUACUAGUUUUCGAACAUCAGGCGAUAAUUAAAAAAUAUCUUUCUGAGCAUGUAUUUCCCUAUCACGUUUGACUGUCCGUAACAUCAGUGUCUCCUUCUUCCCGUCACCUGAUCUGAAACCAGUAGCUGAUCACUCCAUCUAUCAACCGCUCUGUUCCAGCGGAUUCAAGCCAACCGCCAUGUUUCUUUUAAGUUGAAAUCAUUUGAUGAACUUGCAAAAGAAAAAUGGAGAUUCAUUUGAUAUCAUUACAUGUCUUACAAACAUUCCACUCGUUACUCAUUUAAUUCGGCUUCAUUUUUUUUGAAAGUUUUUUGGUGUAGAAACGUUAAUACUGCUCUUUUUUUUUGUUGCCAUCUGCUCGCGCCAACUUAAACUCUUUGCAUGGUUUGUGAGUCCGCAUGCCUGCUUGUCUAUGUAACAAAAAUGUAUUUGCACAAUAGAAGAAGAACACUGGAGGACUUUAAAUAAAAAAAUAACUUAAAAAAAUAAACUCCCCUGGCAACUCCCAAGAGCACCAGGCAGGACGUUUUCUUCCUCUCUGGUGUGCAAACAAUUCAAAAGACUUUGUCCGAAUCACUCCACUGGGGAACAUUUGAUAUUGUUCUUAUUGAAUAUGAUUUCCAAUAAGUGAUUUUAACAUGAUUCAGCACUUACAACAUGUAUGGACUUUGUUGAAGAGAAACAUGCUCUGCCAAACCUCUGCUACAUCCACACCUUAAAAA